GCCAGGAAUGAGCCAGACGUUUAUGAAACCAGCGACCUACCUGAGGAUGAUCAAGCAGAGUUUGAUGCGGAGCUGGUAAGAAGUCCAACCUUGCGUCUGCUUUGUAACGGGGUGUGCUGUGGUGGGCAGGGGUUCUAUCCUUUCAUCUCUACUAAACCUUUGGCCUCCUAGUCAGUCCCACACUCAGCACCCAUUCCUGUCUCACAAGACACUGUAGUGGCAUGGCAGGUCUGAGAUGCUGAAGGCCAGCAUGUGUGGCCCUCCUGGCCCAGGCCUUGCUUUCUACAGCAACUGCUGAGACCCACUGAGCCUCUCCUCGGUGCUGGCCCUUGUUGUUCCCAGCUCUCCCUACUUAAGGAAGCCAUCAGACGCAGGCUGUCCCUCUGUCCCUCACAGAGCACUUUCUCUUCAGGUUGUGCCCCGUGCCUUUUCCUUUCCUUUUCUUUUUUCAUUUGUGUGUUGGUGGUAGCAGAGGUCUAGCGCAGGGGCUGAAGCCUGCAAGGUCAGUCCUCCAGCACCAAGUGACAGCACCAGCCUCUCAUCCGCUUCUUUUCUUCUUUUAAGAUGGGAUCUCACUCUAUAGACUAGCUCGACCUGGAACUCAAAGUGACCCAGCCUGCUUGGUGCUGGGAUUAAAAGUGUCUUCUGCUGCUGUCUGGCCAUCUUUUUAAGAAGAGGAACUGAGCAGCACAAGCGUGGAACACAUCAUUGUCAACCCCAACGCUGCCUACGACAAGUUCAAGGACAAGAGAGUGGGAACAAAGGGGCUUGAUUUCUCAGAUCGCAUUGGAAAGACCAAGAGGACAGGAUAUGAGUCUGGAGACUAUGAAAUGCUUGGAGAGGGUCUGGGAGUGAAGGAGACACCGCAGCAGAAGUACCAACGACUACUGCAUGAAGUCCAAGAGCUGACAACUGAGGUGGAGAAGAUCAAGACGACAGUGAAGGAGUCAGCCACCGAGGAGAAGCUCACCCCUGUGGUGCUGGCUAAGCAGCUGGCUGCCCUGAAGCAGCAGCUGGUGGCUUCCCACCUGGAGAAGCUUCUGGGACCAGAUGCUGCAAUCAACCUUGCCGACCCAGACGGAGCCCUAGCUAAGCGCUUACUGCUGCAGCUGGAAGCAACUAAGAGCAGCAAAGGCAGUUCAGGGGGUAAGGCUACAGCUGGGGCCCCCCCAGACAGCAGCCUGGUCACCUAUGAACUCCACUCACGGCCUGAGCAGGACAAGUUCUCUCAAGCUGCCAAAGUUGCAGAACUCGAGAAGCGUCUGACAGAGCUGGAGGCCACUGUCCGAUGUGACCAGGAUGCUCAGAAUCCCCUUUCUGCAGGUCUACAGGGAGCCUGCCUUAUGGAAACGGUAGAACUGUUGCAAGCCAAAGUGAGUGCCCUGGACCUUGCAGUUCUGGACCAAGUAGAGGCUCGGCUUCAGAGUGUCCUGGGAAAGGUGAAUGAGAUUGCUAAGCACAAGGCAUCCGUGGAGGACGCAGACACUCAGAACAAGGUGCACCAGCUCUAUGAGACCAUCCAGCGCUGGAGCCCAGUCGCCUCCACCCUCCCUGAACUGGUACAGCGACUUGUCACCAUCAAGCAGCUGCAUGAGCAAGCUAUGCAGUUUGGUCAGCUCCUGACACACUUGGAUACCACCCAGCAGAUGAUGGCCAGUUCCCUUAAGGAUAAUACUGCUCUCCUGACCCAGGUGCAGACAACGAUGCGUGAAAACUUGGCCACAGUUGAGGGGAACUUUGCCAGCAUUGAUGCUCGGAUGAAGAGGCUGGGAAAGUGAGCAUCACUGGGAGCUGGGGAGCGGGGAUGACCCUUGCCCCUGAACUUUGUCAGACCCUUCCACAGGGUCACUCACAGCCCCAGCCCACCUGACAAGGGCAAGGGUUCUUGCAUGUGGGGUACACACCCUCCCGACAAACAGAGUGGGAGCUGGGGGCUCUUAUUGGAUGAGGUUGUGGGCCCAGCCACAUGCAGUUCCCGUCCAGUAAGUGCUUUGCCUGCUGUGGGAGAGGGACUGGAUCCCGUCCUCUAACGUCUGUCUCUGGCCGAGUCUAACACUGUACAACUGUCUCUGACCAUUAAAUGCUGUUGUACCGUGGAGUCUCUGCUGUGUUCCUGGAUUUCGGAGAGGCAGCACUGAGAGACGUGCAUAACGUUAACAGUCUAAGCCACACUAUUAUGAGACUAUUUCAGCUGUAAUCUGUUCUUACCGAAGAGCUAAAUAAAAAAAUGAGUACAGAGUCAGAA